AUGUCGUUUGAACCAAAAACCAAGGUGGAUCUGGAUCCGCCCAAAGACGACAUCAUCAGCCUCGACUAUCUAUCAAAGUGUGACGGAAAACACGAAGGCUAUCCGACUUACGUGGCGAUCAAGGGGACGGUAUUCGAUGUGACCGGUAAUAAGGCAUAUAGCCCUGAUGGCUCUUACAAAGGUGGGUACCGCCCAGAGACAUCAUCCAAGUCUUCUCUGAAGCCAGAGGAGUGCGUACCGGAGUGGCAUGACCUGACAGACGAGCAGAAGAAGGUCCUCAAUGACUGGUACACGUUCUUCAGCAAGCGUUACAACAUCAAAGGCGUAGUGGAAGGUGCGCAGAAUAGAUGA